AUGUCAGUGUCCCAGAUGAGUCUGGCCAUGGGAACGAGCGGGUCCCCGGCCGCCUCCACCCUCUCGCUCGCCUCCACCUCGUCGUACGAGUCGUCUUCGGGGGUGAGCGCGGCGUCCACUUCGCACCUGGUCAAGGCGGGUGGAUACACGUCGUAUACGUUCAGCUUCUCGAAGAAGGCGAGGGGUCGGUGUGGUGUGCAUGUGCCGUGUGGGAGGGCGAGGGGAUGCAGCGCUUGUGGGGGAUUAGAGAGGACGACGAGCGUCCCGAAUCUGGCGGUGCGUCCGAGGAAGGGGGAGAGGCGAUCCAAGGAGGAGAUCAUCGCGUCUGUGAUCAAGCGUCUUUACCCUGGGCCGGGUCCGGGGGCGAACAGAGCGAGACGCGAGAAACGGGUCGGUCCGAGAGUCCGUGCCAAAUCGAAGCGUUUGAAAAACGCGAGUGGAAUUGCUCCACCCGAGGAAUCGCACAAAUGUGGCAGGCAUUAUCCCUGCACCCACCCCCUGCACAAGAUGCAUCCGUGCUGCAGCACUCCUUUCGUCCCGGACCUGAACCGAGUGAACGCGAAACGCGUUUCCCUGCCCCGGAAUCGCGACGUGUACCACGACGACCUCGACACGAUUCCUACCCGCGACGUUCCGGACCAAACCAGGUCGACAGAUGACGACUUCUCGGACGACAGCCUCGAGAGAUCUCUCACGCCUUACCCCGAGGGGAGUCUGGAGCCCGGAGGACGGAGCCCCGAAAACGACGAGGAAGAAUGGACUGAUUCGCUGGAGGAAGAUCGAUGGAGCGCGUGUGACCUGGUUCCAGGUGAGCAAUCGAUAGCGGGGGCCCGGCUCCCCGAGUCGAACGAUCCAGUUCUUGCAAUGGACGAAGAUGAGGGCGAGGAUCUGCCGUGGACGCUUUCGUGCACCGUGGAUCCCUUCGGGGACACUGGCAACACGUACAAGUCCCUCCAGGACGAGUCUAUGGGAGUGUACCCGGUGUUCGUCGACGAGUGCGAUGAGCGCGGUGAGUCGCGAGUGAGCCUCACCAUCGACUACAGAGACUUCUCCUCCGUGAACGGUCUGUAUACCAUCCCAGAGGUGAGUGGCGAGUGGGUGGAGGAGGUUGGGGACAGUGGCACGGAGGACAUGGAGUCUGACGGGAAUAUCGAGGAUCCGGGAAGGAACUUGGAGCUGAGUGACGAUGAAGGGGAUGUUCCGGAUUCGGUAGGAGGUGACGAGUUCGUGAGUCGGACGCCUGUGGUCGCCGUCAGUAACGUGUCGGUGAGCCAGGUGUCUGUAGUCGCCGUCAGUGACACGUUAAUGAGCCCGGCGCCUGUAGUCGCCGUCAGUGACGCGUUAAUGACCCCGGCGCCUGUAGUCGCCGUCAGUGACACGUUAAUGAGCCAGGUGCCUGCAGUCGCCGUCAGUGACGCGUUAAUGAGCCAGGCGCCUGCAGUCGCCGUCAGUGACGCGUUAAUGAACCAGGUGCCUGUGGUCGCCGUCAGUGACGCGCUAAUGAGCCAGGUGCCUGUAGUCGCCGUCAGUGACGCGUUAAUGAACCAGGUGCCUGUUGUCACCGUCAGUGACGCGCUAAUGAGCCAGGCGCCUGUAGUCGCCGUCACUAGUCCUAGGUGCUCGAUGACCGUUCUGGACAGCCCUCGGCAAUCCCACCAAGAUUGGGACGAAUCAUUGCCUGAAACCGUAAUGGACACGUCGGAAAAUGUCACUUUUUCUCCGAUUCCCCUUCUCAUGAUGGUGGACGAACAGCCCCGGUCCGAGUCACCAUCUCUCAAAUCUGUGAACCUUGACUCCUCCGACCCGGAUCUGGAAAGCCUGGAAACCCUGGCGAAGGGAAAAGAAGUAUCCUGCAUACGGGGGAAAAAAGAGGCGGCGCCUUGCCAAGAGGAGAACGCAAACAAAGCCACCGUCACCGUCACCAUCAGUCCCACGGAACCCACCUUCACCCUCACCAUGCCCCACAUCCCAAUCGCCGAGACGGUCCACACCCAGGACUUCACCACUCGCGAGACCCAAGUGAAGGAAGAGACGGUCGAGGAGGAAGAUGGCACCUCCACCACAUGCAAGACGGAGAUCGAGAUUCUGGAAACGGUGGAGGAGACGGUGGUCGAGACGGUCUAUCGCGUCCUGGACGGCUGGGACGGCCAGGACGGUCGGGACGGUCGGGACGGUCGGGAUGGGUCUUGGACGUGUGAACUCGACUCCAAGGUCGUCCCUGUUUUCUACUGGCUUUCCGUUGGAUCUGGUGAUCGGAAUAGUGUCGGUGAUCUAAAUUCACGGUCGGAAGUGACGAGUGACGGAGUGAUUGUGUCGGAACACAACGGCGUAUCACGUGGACACGAUACAGAAGAGGAACCAGAGGAAAUACUUUCCACGGGUGAAAGAGAAGUAGGUGAAUUGGAAUUCCACAACCCCGUCAUUGUAUGCGAAAGUCCAGGAUCCCUUUGGCGACUGAACGACACCGACGGACUACCCACGUCCAAUGGUUUCUGCCAGGACGAAGGCGACCCCGGCGUGAGUUUUAUCAGCAACGUCGAGGACCAAGACCAAGUCCUUGUCAUCGGUGACGGUUUCUCCCUCGAGAUCCAGCGAGGCAACCUCCUCCCCACUCCAGACGAGAACCAAGACGACCUCCUCCCCAUUCCUGGCGAAAACCGAGCCAACCUCCUCCCCACUCCUGAUGAGCACCUGGUCCACGUCGGCGUCCUCUCGGAGGAGAUCCAGCCCGGUCCGUACAGCACAGACACGUUCGAGGACUCGGACGAAAAGGGAACCCCGAGCGAUUCCUUGCCACUGUUCAGUCACGAUGAGUCGGUGGGCUCGGACGCCGACGAGUUGAACGAGCCGGACCCCGACAAGUAUCCCGAGUUCCACCACAGCUUCGAAGAAGACUUAUCGGAGGGCUGCACCGCCAAAAAGGUCAAGGAAGAGGGCGAGCACAAGCCCGAUCUCAUUGGACCCAGUUCCGAUCUCAUCGAGAAUAGAUUUGACAUCAUUGAACAGGGAUCCGACCUCAAGGAGCUUAGAUUCGAUCUUAUUGCGUCUCAAAAUCGGGAAGAUUUCGAGGCUCAACGUCAUUCAACUGAGGAAAGCAGCAUUCCUGACGUCACAGAAGUCGGAGAUGCCAUCAUUUCGGCUGAAGCGGGAUCAGCAUAUCAAGCAGAGAUGAAUCGGGUCUCAAGAGACGAGCCACACCAGCUCACCUACGACGAGAUUGAAAAGUCUCCUGAAUAUUCUAAUCAGCGAAUAUCUCAUGCUCUCCAGAUCCAGGAAGACGCGACCUUUCAACAUGGUGAGGCAGACAAUGAAAUUUCCAGGAAGUCAGAUAGAGAUUCAAAUUUUCAGAAAAGGAAUCAGAUUCCCGUGGAUCAGAUAUUCGCGAAAAGUCAGAGGCUUCCCGAAUCAGAAACUUCUGAAAACUUCAAUGCCGAACCCUGCAUCUCGUUAUCAUUGAUGCAUGCAAAGUUUGGCGAAGAUCCAACAGAAAUAUCCGAACCCUCAUCAUCUAAUGGAGACGGAGAGAAGGGAAAAUCUUAUAUUGGCGACGUCGCGGAUGGACGAACGCAGGAAACGACCCGUGAAGUCGUUGUCAAACGGGAAAUUGACGCUGUGGACGACCUCGGAAUUACCGUCCAGGUUGAAUGUCUCUCCGAGGAGGUCUGCAACGAGGUGGGAGACGAAAUUCCAGCCGAGGAAAGAGAGUCGCUCGUGACCGGGGACCGAGAGUCCUCGGAAGAUUCACAUUCCACACGAAAAGGUUUGCUUGUCCUGGAGAGCCAGCUGGAGGAAAGCCAAGGCGAAGGCGAGGGAAAUCAGCACGUAGGCGAAGGAAACCAGUGCGAAGGAGAUACUCUUGUGGUAUCUCGGUUUGACGUUUCAUGCGUUUUAAAAUUGUCCGGAUCGGAAGAAGUUUGCCAGGAAACGAGUCAGACGCUGACAGACAAAAGAAAAGCAGAUGAAGCUUGCCAGGAAACGUGUCAGCUUCUGUCAGAUGCCGAAAAUGUAAACCAAAUUGGCCAGGAAACUCGUCAAAUGCUCUCAGAAGAAGGAGAAUCAGAUCAAAUAGGCUGGAAAACGCCUAAGCAGCUAACAGACUUGGAAAAAACAGAUCAAAUUGAUGAGGAAGCAUGGCAACAGCUAUUAGAUGAGGAAAAAGCAGGACAACUUGAUCAAGAAACGCGUCAACAGGAAGCAGACGAAGAGAAAGCAGAUGAAGCUGACCAGGAAACGUGUCAACAGGUAGCAGAAGAGAAAGUAGCAGACGAAGAGAAAGUAUAUCAAGUUGGCCAAGAAACAUCUCAGAUGCUCUCAGACCACAGAGAAGCAGAUCAAGCUGACCAGGAAAUAUCUCAGAUGCUCUCAAACGAAGAGAAAGCUGAUCAAGUUGACCAGGAAACGUGUCAACAGGUAGCAGACGAAGAGAAAGUAUAUCAAGUUGGCCAAGAAACAUCUCAGAUGCUCUCAGACCAAAGAGAAACAGAUCAAGCUGACCAGGAAACAUUUCAGAUGCUCUCAGACCAAAGAGAAGCUGAUCAAGUUGACCAGGAAACGUGUCAACAGGUAGCAGACGAAGAGAAAGUAUAUCAAGUUGCCCAGGAAAUAUCUCAGAUACUUUCAGAUGAGGAUGAAGUUGAUCAAGGUCAGUUGCCUUCGGACGAGAAAAACCCAGAGCUUCCUCUCUCCGUCCAAGAAUCGCAAAAUCGCGCCGAGAAAGGAGACACUUCGGAGACCGGACAAUUUUCGCAGCCUGUCCUGCGACAGGAAGAGCCGAGUGCACGUGUCGACAGUGUCGGAAGCCUCUCCCAUGAUUACGCGGAUCUCUUCUCAUCCGACGAGAUUCCCAUUUUGAGUGUCGAUGACGGAAACUUUCCCCAUAGAGAUCAUGACGAAUCGCAUAUGGAAGAUCAUGGAGCCAUAUUUCUAGUCACAACCUCUGUUCCGCUUCAGGAUUUUUCAGAAGUUUCCCAAAUAUCAGUAGGACAGAUUUCAAGCCUUUCGCCGAGUCGCACGAGCGAGACCAUGGAAAGAAAAGGAAGGAGAAGGAAUCUCGAAAGACUUCCUCAUUUCGACGGGCGAGAGUACGAACGUGAACUGAGUGUCGACUCGGAGAGUUCGCUCGAUCUGCACGAUGAGACCCAAGAAAAACAGGGAAACAAUGUGAAUGGGAAUUUAUCAACGGCAUCGCCGAAUCCGGUGAAAUCAUCGAUGGAAACCUGCAGGCAGGCUUGGGAGACGUUGGAAUUCCUGCCCGACGACCAACACAGUGAAAAUUUGCGAAUAAAUUGGGUGAGAGACUCCUUUAUCGACACAUCGACGGAGAGCCAGGUGACGUGCAUCGACCUCUUCGAAGUGAAUCGAAACUUUGCAAUUUCUUCUGCAAGCGAAUCUGCCCUUCGAUGGACGGGUCGGACUUCCUCGCUGGACGAGGCGAGGACGAGAGAAUCGGACUUGAGGAGUCGCGACUUGUCUGUAGUUUGUCGCAGUUUGUCGCUCGCGGCGAAUGCGCAAUUCGGGGAUCGCAGUGAUGAAGCGGACGCAACUGCAAUGAAACCAGGUCAUGACUCUUCGGUGCAAGUUGGACCGGGUUCAGACGAGUGUCGAGGGAUUUUGGAUGACAUUCAAAGCCCAGUCGCCGUCUCUGCCGUAGUCCUGAAUAUUGAGACUUGCAGUUCCCUUGAGACGUGCAGUUCCCUCGAGAGCGGUCCGAGCCCACGCGAGACGGAUCCGGUUCGUGAGAAUGGAAAAGGAGAAAAUGUGAUUUCAGUGAGUGACAAGCCGAUCGUUUCCGAGUUGACCGAGACUGCAUCCCACGAAAGUCACUCAUCCGAUGAGUAUUCAGAAUCCAUCCCGGAAUCCAUCUCAGAAUCCAUCCCAGAAUCCAUCCCGGAAUGCCUUACGAUCGCCGAGGACGACGAGACGGGCAACGAGCCAAAGGACUCGACAGCGUCUCUCUUCGACAUCGACACCGUCCUGCCUUCCACUUGUGAGCACGAAACAAUGAAAACCGUUCUUCUUGAUCCCAUCCAUCACGAAACUCCGAGUGAGAAAAACUCCAUAGAAGCAUCAGUGGUGUCGACAGAGUUUUCCUCAACCCCCAAAUCCGAUACCAUCCCCUCCAUGUGGAAUCGACACGAACCCGAUCUCCCCCCUGACGAAACCCAAAUCCCAACGCCCCAUAAUCCAUCUCAAUCCCAGACACCAUCCCAAUAUCGGAUUCCAUCCCAAGCCCUGACUUCAUCCCCACCCCCCAAUCCAGACAGUCCCUCCUCCAGCUGUGCCCCUUCAGAACGCUCCACCACCUCCCAGAAAGACAGUGACGAAGACGAACCCUCCUCACACCCACGCAGACCCACAACCUUCCCCAAACGAGCCGAUUCCUCCUACAAAACCCGCCUCGCCCGCGACUUAAAAUCCGCCUGGGACUCUCGGAGCACCCACCCCGAAAUGGAUCCUCAUCGAUUCUGCCUCUCCCACCGCUCGCAAUACCGAAGCGAAUUGCGCUUCAAGGCUCGCGACCCGGAAAGCAGCUCCACCGACGCCCUUUCGAACGAAGACCGUUUCCCAGACAGUUUAAUCCCCAAUAUGAGACCAGGUGUCGAAACGGAGGUAGGACUCGUUACGGGGUCCCAGCUCAGCGUGAUCGAUGAAAGACGCACUUCCUCCAUUCAAGUAAUUCUAUCCACGAAAGAAACCCAAGAUAAGUCGAAGACACCCAAAAGCGAACCCAGCUCACAAUCAAACCCGACAAUCAAUCAAAGACAAUCGAACUCCGUCCAAAAGACCCAGUCGACUCUGCCCCCCCUAAUCGAAGGUCGACCUGGGCCAUCGACUCACACACCUCCCCGCCCUCAAGCCAUUGAGAGCGACGAGGAGACCCCAAGGACGACCCACAGUCCUCGAGGCUCAGAAAUUCCUUCAGUGGAAGCCAGCGAGGAAAGAAAGGUCUCCGCCGUCACCUUGCAACUCCAGUCCGCACCAAAGCCAAAUCCGUCCCGAUCCCAAGGCAAAAACCUUAGCACUGGAUCUGACGAGAGCAUCACUUAUGUGUUCUUCCCUCAUCAAGAACUCCGAGGCUCCCAGGCAUGGGAACGCACAGUCUCCCUCCCCAGACUCGAGCCACCACACCCGAAAGUCGUGCAUAAAUCUGUGAGCGCGGAGUUUCCUGGCGUGCGACGAAAAACCUCAUCAGGCAACACGUUCUCAUCCGCAGCGACCCAAACCAAGUCCGUAUCCUGGAGCGACGUCCAGCACGGCCCUGACUAUCAAGACCCAUCCAAGCAACCGGAAAGCAGCUCCUCUCAGCACCUACAGCGCUUACGACGCCUCUACCGCCUAGAAAGCCAGGAGAUCCUAAAGCAGCGCCACCUCCUGUCGGCCAAGCGCCUCUACCUCCAACAGCGACUUCGGUCAUCUCAGCCCCUCUACCAUCAACAGCGGCUCCAGACGUCUCAACCCUUCCUAGACGCCACCCCCUGGCUUCACCCCCGCAGCGUCUCCUACGCCGCCUUCCCUACCUUUGAGGCCACCCAGAGCCUCCCUCCCUCCCCGACCCGGCGACCCUCCUGCUGCUCCCCUCACUGUUGCCUUCACGCCCAGUUCUGUCACCACUGCCACCGCAUGACCAGUCCCCACCCCGCGGACGACUCGUACCGACUGAAACCCAAGGACCUGCUCAAGCAUCUCGUCGACAUCCGAAGAAAGCUCGUGGACACCACGCGGACCGUGGAAACCAGGACUUCCUCCAAACGGCGACAGUAUUAA